CUGCCCAGUUCCUCCCACCGAUUCCACCCAUUCUUAAGCAUUCGGGCUCAGUCUGUCCCCAAGGCUGACUUUAGCUUCCGUGGCCGGAAGAGUGGCGCGGUGCUGGUGUACGAGGCUGCAGAAGGACCCAGUAAUAUGCCUAAACCAGCUGUGUUCGACUUUGACAAUAAGGCCAAACAAGAUGCACGGAUGGAAACUGCUAGGCAGAACCAUGUGAAUCUUGUAUCCUGUUUGAGUUCCUCCUCUGAAGCCUCAAGCCAGGGAAAGCGUGGAGCUGAUGAGAGAGCCCAGGAGUCUAAGGAUAUCCUAGUAUCUUCUGAAGAUGGCAUUACGAAGAUCAUAUUCAAUCGGCCUGCCAAAAAGAAUGCCAUAAGCUUCCAGAUGUGUCAUGAUAUUAUGCGAGCACUUAAAAAUGCCAGCACGGAUAACUCGGUCAUAACUGUUUUCACAGGAACUGGUGACUACUACAGCAGUGGGAAUGACCUAAGAAACUUGAUUAAUGACGCCGGUAAAAUACAGAAUGCAGCCAUGUCUACUACACUACUGAGGGAAUUUGUAAACUGUUUCAUAGACUUUCCGAAGCCUCUGGUUGCAGUAGUAAAUGGCCCAGCUAUAGGAAUCGCUGUCACCCUUCUGGGACUAUUUGAUGCUGUCUAUGCAUCGGACAGGGCUACGUUCCAUACUCCAUUCACCCAUCUAGGCCAGACUGUGGAAGCCUGCUCCUCUUACACUUUUCCGAAGAUAAUGGGCUCAGCAAAGGCAGCUGAGAUGCUUCUCUUUGGGAAGAAGCUCACAGCAAGAGAGGCUUGUGCUCAAGGCCUUGUCACUGAAGUUUUCCCUGAAAGCACCUUUGAGACAGAAGUCUGGACCAGGCUGAAAACAUAUGCGAAGCUCCCAACAAACGCGAUGAGAGUUUCCAGAGAGUUAAUCAGAAAACAUGAAAAAGAAAAGCUACAUACUGUUAAUGCUGAAGAGUGUUCUGUAGCCCAGGAAAGGGGGAUGUCAGAGGAGUGCACAAAUGCACUCAUGAACUUCAUGUCCAGAAAGGCAAAGCUGUGAAGACUGUCAGAGUGGCUAGACUUCUCAGAGGAAGGAUGUGCUGUGAGUUCUGGUUUCAGAUGUUUGGACUAUGCACACUCUUCUGUGCCCCGUUUCAUUCCCAGCACAGCAGUUACAAGAGAGCCUCAAUUAUGACCAAUAAAAACUUCUAUAAAACAC